UUCAUCUGCGGGGCCUGAUAACAAAUGACUGGAGCCGGAAGUGGUGGUCUGCUGGUGAUUGGAGAAUGUCGGUGGGUGUUCCAAUGUUUUCCUUGCCGUCAUUGGGCUUCCUCUCCGCCGCUCAGAGCUGCUGCCGCCUCGGCUCCAGACGCUUCCUGCUCCCAGUCGCUUCUCGCAGUCCUGAAGAGGAGGACAGGAUGAGGAACAGAGAUGUUUGGGAAGGAACGUGACUGCUCGGGCUUCACUUAAAGACACUAAGAUGACAUAAACUAAGGACUCGCCAGGAACUGUUUCCUUGUGUAUUUUCUUUGUUCCUCUUUUUUUUUUGUUCGUUUGUUUGGCUUCUCCGUGUUUUGUUCUUGUCAGGUGUCAUUUGCAGAAGCCAUUUUUUUUUUUUUUUUCCGACAACAAAUCGUUAAUUUAUCACACUACUGUCCCGAAAGCGUUGUUUCGUCACUCCUCCUGUCCGCGUCCUACGUAUAUCUCUGAGAUUUCAGAUAGCAAUAGAGGUUUCAAAGGUCUUUCGGAGCUGCACUUAUCAUCUCCUCGGGGCAUUCAUCACACUGCAGGCUGCACUCGUCAUGCAACAUACACUUUAAAGAAUCGCUGCACAUUACUUUAACGAACCCGGGCCUCCUUUCAUAGAGAAGGUGUGUUUUUUGCUUUUUUGUCUUAUUGAUACUUUAUCGCUGUAUGGUAGACUUCUGCGAAGAGGUUCGGUUUUGUACCUUUGUGUGACUAUUUAAAGCUCACUGCUUAAUUACCUGCUGCCUUGUUUUGCUACGACAAAAGGCAGCUUUGAACUGGAAAAGGCUUUGUUUUUGUACUUAUGCAAUUUCUUUGUGAAAGGCCCGUGUUUUAAAUGACUGAUUUUCUUACGUUGAAGUAUUUCCUGUCCACUUUUCGACUGGCAGGGAACUAGUUGCUGACAGCUGUUAAUGUCAAACUGUGAUUGCUUUUUUUUUUCUUUUCUUCCAUUUUCACUGGAUUAUUUCUCUAAACGGCUGCCUCUUUAUACCGAAAGAAGUUUGUUUUUCAAAUGAAGACCCCCAUCAGAGAACCACUCUGAUGAACUGAAGUUUUCUGCCGACUCUGCAUGAAGAAGGAUUUUUUUUUUUUUUGAAGUGAUUUCAGGGAUGAAGUUGUUUUCGGUUAAUUUUUAGAUUUUUCCUCCCGACGGCUCGUCUGAGCUUCUGAUUGCAAAAGCUUUUUUACCGUUUGCCUCGUCAGACUGGCAGACGGCGUCCACUUCAAAAAGCGAGGAUGCGCUCCCCGGAACCGUCCUCGCCGUCUCCGGCCGAAGCGCUCCUUCACGGUCAGUUCGCCAGCUGGGAGUCCGGCAGCAGCAACAACAACAACAAUGGCUGCCCGGACAGCCCCGGAGGUUCAGGAGGACUCUCCCCCGCCACCUCGCCGGCUCCAGCCUCUAACUACGCCCUGACCCUCACCCACACCCACAUCCACGUUCAGCGCCUGUCGCCGCGGCCCGGAAAGGAGGCCCGCCUCCUGCUGCCUCUGUCCGAGCUGCUCGGGUGCAGCUGUCCCCGCGCCCCCGCGCCGCCGCUGCUGGUGCUGUACUGGUACCCGCCGGGGAAACGAAGGAAGGGCGUGUCCAGACGGCGGCAGGUGAGAGCGUACCUGGCGGAGAGCCGGCCUGAAGCGGAGAGGUGGUCGGCUGCUGUCCAGUGUUUGCUCAGAGAGGUGCCCGUAACACCCAACACAGAGUUUUCAAGAAGUCUGCUACCUCGUCCCAGGCGACUACUGUUAUUGGUCAAUCCGUUCAGCGGAAGAGGCCAAGCGAUGCAAUGGUGUCAGACCCACAUCCUGCCAAUGAUUAGGGAGGCCAACAUCAGCUAUAACCUCAUACAGACAGAGCGCCAGAACCACGCAAGGGAGCUCAUCAGAGACAUCCCGCUCUCCGAGUGGGACGGCAUCAUCAUUGUGUCUGGAGACGGCCUGCUGCAUGAGGUGAUCAACGGUCUGAUGGAGCGCCCAGACUGGGAACAAGCAAUAAAAACACCGGUUGGUAUCCUGCCCUGCGGCUCUGGGAACGCUCUGGCCGGCUCCAUCAACCACUACGCAGGGUAUGACAUGUGCCUUCGAGAGCCGCUCCUUUUAAACUGCUGCUUUUUGCUCUGCCGAGGCGGGGUCCGACCCAUGGACCUGGUCUCUGUAACAACAAGCCCUCCUCCCUCCAAAAACAGCCACGCCGCAGCUCCCAGGAGACUGUUUUCCUUCCUCUCUGUUGCCUGGGGGUUUGUGUCUGACGUUGACAUCGAGAGUGAGAGGUAUCGCGGCUUGGGCUCAGCCCGCUUCACUCUGGGCACUUUGGUGCGCAUUGCCUCUCUUCGAUCGUACAAGGGCAGUUUGUCCUACCUGCCUCCUUCUGUUGCCAUGUCCUCAAAUGGGACGCCUCCACCACGGAGACCCCUCUCCCGCAGCAUUACGGAAGGCCUGGAGAGCUUCUGUAAGACGCCCAUCCAUCGCACUUGCUCCGACAUGGGCAUCAGUGAGCAGAGGAGCCUCCUGCGCAGGGUGGAUGGUGAGAGGGAGAAAGAGGAGAGGCAGAGAGAGAGGACGAGGAGGAGACAGAGGGGUAGGGGGAAAAGGACCGGUGUGGUGAGGGCUAGCAGUCUGGCAGAAGACCGAGAGAGGGAGGGGGAGAUGGAGAUAGAGAUGGAGGCGGAAGAGAAGUCCGGAACGAGUUCCGAGUCAAAUGAAAGGGACGAGUCCAAUAUGGGAAGAGAAGAAAAGUUGGCAGGGAUUAGGGACGAACGGGAAGACGAGGAAACAUCAGAGCAAGACUCUUGUGAAAUGCUGGAGGAUGACGACGGGAGGGACGAGGAAGGCAGCGGCGGUUCUCUAGAGGCGGACGGAGUGUUGCGUGCCAGGGAAUUGGGCGAAAGCUACGGCGUGGACAUGGGGAGGGAGGCGCAAGAAGAGCCUGGAGACGGUUCCCAGGACGAGCUUCAGGAAGCCAGAGAGGUGGUAAGAAAGAACUCGGCUCCUUCAAGCCAGAUAGCGAACACUCUGCUGAGCCAGCCUCUCGGCCAGGAAGCCAGCAGAGACUCUGGCAUGUCGUGCAGCAUGGAGGACCUGGAUCUGAACGAAACCUACUUCCAGAAACAGUCUUACCCUCUGGAUGUGGCCCGGGAGCGAUCUCUCACCAUCUCCUCCCCCUUCCGUCACAAACCCUUCUCCUACAAGCAGAAAGCUCUGGACCAAAACCACAACGCCUCCCGUCAGAGGCCCCACUCACUCCUCCAGCACUCCAACUCCAACUCCCUCCCCCCCAAAAUGACUCCGCCCUCCUUUUCUCCCUCACCGCCCUCCUCCCCUUCCUGUACAUCCCCGCGCUCGUCAUCCUACCUCGCCCCCCGUCCAAACACCCCCAAUUCCCCCCUGAGCUCUCCCUCGUUCCAUUCGCCGUCCUCGUCCUUUAACUUUGAAAUCAUGGAACCAGCAGGAUCUCUGAAGAACCGUCCAUUCGUCUCGCUGCCUUUUGAUAUACCGAGGGACGACUUGUUACCCCCACUCGACCAGCCUCUCCCCACCAGAGAUUGGGUCACCAUUGAAGGGGACUUUGUCUUGGUCCUGGCCCUUUACCAGUCCCACCUCGGGGCUGACCUCCACGCUGCACCUCAGGCCAGGUUUGACGACGGCCUGAUCCACCUGACCUUUGUCCGGGCAGGCAUCUCCAGAGCCACCCUACUCAGACUGUUCUUUGCCAUGGAGAAAGGAAACCACCACUCGGUCACCUCGCCGUACGUGAGCCACGUAACCUGCAAGGCCUUCAGGCUGCAGCCGCUGUCCACACGGGGGACUCUCACUGUGGACGGAGAGCUUGUGCCCUAUGGACCGCUGCAAGCGCAGGUUCAUCCUUCCCUGGCCCGUCUCAUUGUUGGAGACACUGGAGUAAAGAUUACCAGACUUUAAUAAGGGAUUUUUGAUUUUACUUAUACUUACAUAUCAACACUCUAAUGAAGAAUCUUAUCUCUGUUGCCAUUUUGCUCUCAGAGGGAGGUGAGAGUGGUGAAUUUGAGACACUAGCCUUGUUCCAGGAAACAGCUUUUGUAGGUAAUAAUGAAAGGGAUAACACACCGAGCCAUGCGUCAUUGGACAAUGACCGCAGGGAUUAAUACUACAUUUUAACAAACUGUCUUUAAAACGCACUUCGUUGCACAGAUGGAUCACGCACAGCGUAUGUAAAGAUGGGGAACUGCACAGUCUUGGAUAAGAAGAGGGCGUACCAAUACCAAUUGAAUGUUUUGGGAGGGGGGGGGGGGUCUUUUGGAGCAGAUAGUGCAUGAGUUGAAUGUGUACAUGUCAGUAUGCAUGCAGAGAAGCACUAACUGAUUUUUGCCUUACACUGCGACAAUGAGAAGUUUGAUAUCAAAGAAAAAAAAAUGUUCUGGGCCAGUUAGAAUACACGGAAAUUAUUUGCUGUCCCUUACCAGGACUCUCACCACUGUUCAGCUCUUAAGAGGACAAAAACUUUGGUCCUUCAAAGUAAUGCCUUAUCUGCCAUUGCACAGCUCAGCUGUACCUUUGAUCAUUCUCUUAUGUAAUAAGCCUAAACCUUUUUUUUUUUAAGUAAAGUUCUGUUAAAAGGAUAUAAGUGGUUAAUUUCUUACCUGUAAUGGACAAAUCCCCUGGUGUUUAUUAUAAAGAUUAGUUUGAUUCUGAAGCUAAAGCUAAUAGCUAGUCCAGUCAGAGCCUGUUUCAGACAGCUCUUCUGCUGUAUUGAAAAAGCUCAGAUCACAAAAUGUAACAAAGAUUAAUAAGAAGGUUGGUUUUUUUGUGAGCCUUUAAAUUGUCGUCAAAUUUAGUUUAGACUCGUAUACAAAAAAAUGCACGAUUAGUCAGACAGGAAAUUGAGGCUGGAGGUAAUGCUCUAACAAUUAAUUUCUGUUCCUGGAACGAUUAAAGCAUUUCUGAUCAGAGAAGCUUUAUGAAAUAAAAGUAAAGUUGCUUAAAUAAUAGGAAAAGUACUAUAGUGGAUUAAAUGAAAGCUAUUCAUAUAUUUUUA